UCGAAAAUCUUGUUGAUCGCUGUUCAGGACACGAGGAUUAUGCCAGAAGAAAAAGAAAAGAUUAUUCCUGUUCGUGUAGCCUUGAGAAUAAGGCCACUGGUUCCAAAAGAAACCGGCGAUGGAUGCAAAGAAUGCAUCAGAUGCGUUCCAGGGCAUCCUCAAGUCAUCAUCGGGGAAGACAAAGCUUUCACCUAUGAUUAUGUGUUCCAAACGUUCAGCAAACAAGCAGAUCUCUAUACUAAAACUGUGAUCCCGUUACUGGAGGGAUUUUUCAAAGGAUACAACGCAACAGUGCUGGCCUACGGCCAGACCGGUUCUGGCAAGACUUAUUCGAUGGGCACAGCUUUUGCCAUGAGCACUGAAACGAACGAUGAAAGGGGAGUAAUUCCUAGGCUAAUCGAAACAGUAUUUGACUGGAUUGACGAAAGAAAGGACACAACAGAAUUUUUAUUGAAAGCGUCCUUUUUAGAGGUAUGAACGUUUAUUUUCAUGAAAUGCUUAAUACUUGAGUAUUGGUGAUUCAAAUUACGCUGUGUCUAGAUACCCAGCAGCCGAGAACUGUUUUUAAAAAACCUGAAGUCUUGCAAAGAGAAGACCAUCACGCGAGAUGAUAACUUGCACGAUUUUAAAAGAAAAGAAGAAUCGGAUAAAACAAGCAUACUUUUUUAAAUUUAAAACUCCUGAUUUUAUGGCAAAGUAGUGGUUUUUUAAUUUAUACAUGCACGUAUGAUAAUCAUGAUCGCGUUUGCUGCAGAUCCACAAUAAAUCUGAAUAAAUUCAACGCUCCCAUUAAAACUGGCUCAAUUGAGCUUAACUCCCGAUAAAAACUUGGUCUUAUCAUCUGAGGACAUAAAGUUAAUUUACCACAGUCAAAAGAUUCAAAUGAAAAACUUAAAAAUAGGAGUUAGAAUUACAGCUCAGUCCUGAGUGGCUUAUAAAUUAAAUCAAGCUUUGUCAACUCAGCUGUGAAGUGAAAACAAAUUUUGUGUUUCACUUCCAACAACAACAAUGCAGUUUCUUUUAAUUUGUUAUUACAGUAUUUGAAACCUCUCCUGUCAUUCAAUGUAGCCCUGCUUUUCACAACCUGGCACUCUGCACGUCGUAAUAAUACCAUUACGGUCACAUUGCACAGCUGUAAGUCAGCAACGUUUAAAACAAACUGACAUCAUGAUUACAUUCUACAUAAUACCGUAUUAUUAACCGAGAGUGAGAUAAUUACAAGGAAAUCUCGGACCGAGGCCUUGAUGUAUUAAUGAUGUAUUUAAUAAUGCACCAAGACCAAGGUCUGAGAUUUCCCUGUAAUGGCUGAACAGACGAGGUUAAUAAGUUAUUUAUUAUAUGGCCUUUUCAUUAUGGACCUAGCCUGGGAUAAAUAUUAAAACCAAAUACUGGUCAGUGGAUAACUUAAAAAAAAAAACCACAUCUCCUCAAUGAGUUGAACACUUGAGCCCAUGAUACAGUCAGAUGACACUGGUCAGCAGAUACCUUUUUGACAGCUGUCAAUUGACCAUAACAUGGAUGGCCAUGAGGAUGUCCACUAUCAAGGUCAACACAGAUUGUAUAUGCCUUGGGCACCUAUUGUAGCCAUGUAACAAGUGUACUUAAAAUUGCCUACAGAUUCAUAAUGAGGAGAUUCAUGACCUGCUUAAUCCCGGUCCACAAGAGGAAUCCAAAAUUGCCAUAAGAGAAAGUCAUGACGGAGGAAUCAAGGUACUGCACGGUCAUUUGUACAUGUAAAAUACUUGUGUCAGGGUAAGACUGGAGGGAACUUAGCCCCCCACUUUUUGAGGUGGUUGGAAAUAAAAUGUUUUACCAGUUUUAGCUGUUAAAUCAUUCAAUUCAUGACUUACAAAAGUUAAAAUAACUCCAGUUCCAAAUUUUCAUUCAUGGACUAACCUCUUUGUAAACUUUGUAACAGUUUUUCUUUGUUGUUUUUAUUCCCCUUUUUUGAGACUUGAAAAGCGACUGUGUGUGUCGCUUGGUUUUAAGGAUUAUCAUACAUAUGUAUCUUUGUUUAAUACAUAUUUACAUGAUACAUAUACAUAUACAUGAUACAUAUGUAUCUUUGUCUAAGGAGAAGAAAAAUUUUGUAUCUCCAAGCGGCAAUUGUAUUAUUGUUCUGUUUUUUAUGGAAUGAAAUGCUAGUCUGCUACACAGCUGUUUUUAGUGUCGUCACGCAACAUUCCUCCCCACAGGAGCAUUGUGUGACGACACUAAAAACGGCAGACUAAUGUGUAGCAGACUAAUGAAAUGGCAAACUAUGUCACUUUAGAACAAUUUUUGAAGCCAUAGCAAUGGUGAUCUUUUCACAUGUGAAGAUAAUCACUGGUAUUAAGUUACUGGGUUUUCCUGGUGAGCAUGCAAAGGCAAGCGAUAGGUGGGAAUGAGUAAAAAUCUGUGCCUUCCCUCGUCAUGCAUGUCUCACACUCCAUGCCCCUGGCAGCUCUUAGUUGCUUUCACUUUCCUGAAAAAUAGGAAAAAAUAAUGCUUAUUCUGCAGGGAAGGCCUUGUACAGUAAAUAAGCAGGUAUAAUACGAUAAUAUGCAGGCACUUAUUUACACUCACAAGGUUUUAUUCAUGUACUCUGAUAGCCCGGGACUAGUGGAUUUUGCAAUCAGACUAGUAAAUUCUGUUUUUGCCCAAUAGACAAGUGAAGUAAUCCAAAUUAAAGAAGUAGAUUGCACUGUAUAUUCCUAAUUAAUUCACUUGCAUUGAAAGUGGUUUAAAGCUGACCUGACAAAGUGAAAUAAUUACAAGUUAACAAUAUGAUGCAUUUAGAAAGCCAGUAAUUUUGAUUUAUUGCCACAGCUUGCAUUUUGUGCAAGGGGCAAGCUGUAAAACUGACUUUCUUUCGCCGUGAUAAAUGUUUUUUCUUCCCUAGAUUGCGGGUUUACAAGAAGUAACCAUAACAUCUGGAGCAGACAUGAUCAGAUGUUUAGAGCAAGGCUCAGCAUCAAGAGUUACUGGAGCUACUGCUAUGAACAGUAGAUCCAGUAGAUCUCAUGCCAUUUUUACAAUCACUUUAGAGCAACGGGAACUACAAGGGUAAGGUCAUUGCAGAUUUUCUGUUAGUAAUGAUUGUUUACAUGCUCCAGUAGUGCUGACAACUCAGUUUUAGACUCAAGAAACGUGAAAAAUCCAAUGGGCAACAAGAAAACUCCUAGGAAAACAGACCAAAAAACAGUGUUCUGAGAACACUGUUUUUAGGUCAAUAACUGAAAAAAAAAUAAUCAUAAGUAAUACUUUAAAACUGAAUAACUUAUAACUUAAUUUAUAACUAAUAACUAUUCUUUAAAAAACUUAUUAACAUUCAAUAGGUACUACCCGGUAUUAAAAACUUGAAGCAAACUGAGGCACUGUCCACACAUAUGAGGGUAUCCGUUUUUGUUUGAAAACUUUUCCCCGUUUUCAAAAACAUUCUCGUCCACACGUUGCGUCGAAUCGUUUUGCCUUUCCUGACUCUCUAAACGGUACCAUCUUUGAUGGGAGUAGGCGCAUCUUAAAAUGGUAUCUGAGCCACCGUGACGUAAUCGGCUGAUUUCAUCCAUCCACACCAGUGCAGCAAAAAGGGGUUUUCAAAAAUCUCCACUCUGGAAAACGUUUUUGAAAAGAUGCGUUUUUGGUGACCGUUUCGACCAGACAAGUAUGGACGGUAGACUAAACCAGAGAAAAAAAAUCUCCGUUUUCAAACAACAACUGGCACGUGUGGACGAGGCCCGAAAAGUAGGGGAGAGCUUUGAAUUCAAUCUCAGGGGAAACCCGGGCUUCAGUGACUGAAACCACGGAAUGUUGUAUAGGAUGAUUAUUUUAGACUAUAUGUGAAGAAUACACUCAAACCUCUUUAAUACGGACGCCGAAGGGACAGAACCAAGUGUCCGCUUUACAGAGGUGUCCGUAUUAUUGAGGUAGGGAAUGUAUGAUUUUUGGCAUUUCUGGGACCAAACGAACUGUCCGUAAUAGAGAGUUGUCCGUAUUAUAGAGAUGUCUUUAAGGAGAGGUUAGACUGUACUAACAAACGUUGAAUUUCAUAUCAAAAAUGAGUCCUCCCAAUUUGCGAAUAAAUGUCAAAAAGUUAACAAAACCCGCAAUCUGUUGAAGCCCGAAAAAAUGUUCAUCUUACACAUUGUAAAACGAGCAAACAACCGCCAACUAGCACGGGUCAGAACUUAUUCUAAAACGAAAUAUUACGAAGUUUUUAACCAAGAAAACACCAAACCAGUCCAUAUCAAGAUACGACUAUUUCCAUUUCAAGAAUGAGUUGACGAAAUUAGUCUCAAAAAUUAAAUUCUUAGGUUACGUGAAAAACGGACGCAACGGUGUCCAAACGGAUGUAACAUCCAACAAUGCUGGGAGUUGUUGGCCAACAAUGUUGCGUCCGUUUGCACGGGGCUUUCCUUAAAAAGUUGUCAAUGCACAUUAGGUCUUGUUGCAGUUAGAUUUCCUCCGCUUUCCUCCAGCAGUUUUCUUCCUUUUUAUAGAAAAUUCUCUCAUUUGGUUACAAAGGUAAGGAUACCGUGCUUAACCUGUGUACUUCAGUUCAGAGUUAUACAAUGUAUUUGCUUAUUAAUAACUCCGAUUUCUUCACAACUUUGUUAUAGACUUCUUUAGCCUGGUUAGUUUCUUUUCCCAAUAUACUAAUAGGUCAUGUGAUGAUAUUCUAGAGAACUGUUUCUUUCAAAUUUCAGUGGUAUACACUGCGAGACCCUGGUUUCAAAAUUCGAGACCGAGACUGCGAGACAUGGUUAAAAACUCAAGCACGAAAUUACUUAACCAGUGAUAAAACACACGCUGUUCGUGUUUUAACAUUGCAAAACAUCUUGUUCAGUAAGGCGCCAAAAUUUGGUCACAUGCAAGUGCUCUUUUGUGCACCAAAGUUAGCUACGUCUGCCAGUCAUAUAGGAAUUUAAAUUUAGGCUGAGGAAAAAGAUAUGGCAUAACAACCUCUUAAUGGUUUCUUAGUAGCAGUAAUUAACUUUAGUACAGUGGAACCCCGCCUUACGACCACCCCGUUUAUAAGACCACCUCGUUAUUACGGCCAUAUUCUUUCAAACCAAACGUAAAAAGCAUUGAGUCAUUAUAUUAUUUUGAGGACCCCGUUAAUGCGACCACCUCGUUAUUACGACCAGGAUUUUAUGGCCCAACGGUGGUCGCAUUAACGAGGUUCCACUGUACAUGCUAAUUAUUCGAGACUCGAAAAGCAUAAUUUGUUACUUAGAUAGUCUUAAUAAUGGCGUUACGGUGACGCGAAACUUCGACUUUUUACGCUUUUAUUUACAUUUUUCUGUACGGUAAAUAUAUCAAAUAUUGUUAUUGAUUAAUAUACAAUCGAACCUCCAUGUGCGUCCCCCCCUCCGCAGCGUGAAUGCUAAACAGAGCCGGGUCAAACGAGAAAAUCAUGGUAGAGGAAGAAAGGAGAAUAGGGCAGAGAUAAUUCUACCUGCCUUCUUUUCUUUGCCCUCUCCCCCAUCGUUUUCUCCUUUGACCUCUUACUUAACGAAAAAACGAACGAAAAAAAAACACCGCCUGCUGCCUAGGCUAUAUUAGUCCAGGCCCGAUACAACACCCUGUGUACGAAACAUACGAAAAUCCUAUAUUAAUAAGCCGCGCUUCACCGUACAUGUACGUUUAUUUUAAUUUCUUAACAGAAGUGAACUGAAAAAGGCGAAAUUUCAUCUAGUGGAUCUGGCGGGAUCUGAGAGAGUGAAAAAGACCCACGCUCAGGGAGAGCGUUUUAAAGAAGGUGAACAAUAUUACUGUUUCGAAUUAGUCGCUUAUUCUUGCGCCCAUAAAUUUACAUUACUUAUACAAGACAUGUAGUUUGUUAUAAACUAAGUCUACCAGUUCAAGUAGUAAAAACUGCAGCCAUUGCAACAAUUUACAAUCUCCGGUAUGGGAAGAUACGCUUCAUGGCUUCACGUGAGAAGCUCUUUUAACAGGUAUAUCAGUUCUUGAGUGUAGGACGGUUUCAACUUUUUCAGCCUUCGUGGCCAGCUGGGGGAAAAUAAAUGGAGAAUAGAGGCUCGCGAUUAAGCCCAAAAAUCCACAUACAAAUUCUCCAGACCAAUCUUUGUACAUUUCCUCGAAGAAUUACUUAAGAGAUUUUGUUUAACGAUCAAAUCAUUUUUUCUUACUUUGUUUAUAAUUUUAUCAAUUCUCAGAACCUUUUCUCUUGAUAAUAAUUGAUUUUGCUGGGAGAAAAGUGAUGUUGAUCACUCUUGCCCUUCAAGAGCCUGCCACCCAUGGUGAUGCUCAACUUUUCUAUGCGAUAUGUUACCUUUGAGAAUGCAAGCCAGUCACGUUUACAGGGAAAUUUCGCGAGGAAAUAUUCCUAGUGCCUGCUACGCAGGCUAGGAAAUUUACGUUCAGCUAAAAAAGUUGAAAAUUUAUUUGUAAUCCUUGAUACAUAUUUCCUCACUAUUGCUAUUUUUUACCCCUUCAGGUGUAAACAUCAACAAAGGCCUUCUUGCUUUGGGAAAUGUUAUUAGUGCUUUGAGUGACGAGCUUAGAAAAUCAAACGCUCAUGUUCCUUAUCGAGAUUCUAAGCUAACCAGACUACUUCAAGGUAAGAACCAAGCAACAUUCUGAGAUAUGAAAAAGCGAUUUGGAUAUCUAGAUGGCUUAGAAGUAUCAAUUGAUGGACUGGAUAUUCUGCUAUUUUUUUUUAACUCUCUUGAUAUUUUCACCGAAAGCAUGUUAGUUUUUCUUGAGCAAUUUACAGUCAUGAGAAUAAACGCCUCUCUCUUUUAAACGGCCCUAUCUAUUAGAAGCCUCCCUCUUGGACCCCUAAAAUUAACUAAACACCCCGGGCGUAUAAUGAAACAUUUACGGCUUUUUUAUUUGUCUGUUUUUACCCAAUGGUGCAAUGUUUCCUUGUCACGUUCCACAGAUUCUCUCGGUGGCAACAGUAACACACUGAUGAUAGCUUGUGUUAGUCCCGCGGACAGUAACUUUGAAGAAACGCUCAAUACUCUCCGAUAUGCGGACCGAGCAAGACAGAUUAAAAACAAGCCUAUUGUAAAUUUAGAUCCAGCGGCUGCUGAACUAGCUCGGCUUAGACAACAAGUAUGUUAUUUUCAUUUUUACCAGUCAUGUAGUCACUGUGUAUUUUAAAGCCAGCCGAUGAUCAAUAGCGCACCGGACUGGAGUUGUUUUCUUGGUUCUGUAUUUCCCCGCGGUCAGCCCUUUGGCCAUACUUGAAAACAACCGACUGGUUGCCUCCAUGCCUAUCAUGCUGAGAGUUCUAAUCUUUUUAUCAGGAUUUUAAAAUCCCAUGAUAAUUUUGCUCAGCCUCAGUAGCAUUGGUGACAGUAUAUACACUGUUAAUGAUGUAUGAAAUAAAUCAUAUAUGAACUGCGGAAAUGAAUUGAAAAUGAAGAAAUGAUCGUCGCAGUGAACGCAAUUUAUGCAAUUGCGUAAAUUCAAGAAUUGCGUUCACUGCGACGAUGAUUUCUUCAUUUUCAUUUCAUUUCCGUAAUUCAUAUAUAAUUUAUUUCAUAUAUCAUUAACACUCAUUUCUUUCACGGGAACAUAUGAACCCACAAUUGACCUGCUCCCAACGUCAGUGACUUCAUAGCUCAGUUGGUAGAGCAUCGCACCUGUAUCGCGAGGUCUCGGGUUCAAACCCCGUUGAAGUCCUGAAUUUUUUUCAGGCUUCUUUAGGCAAUUGCGUAAAUUGCGUUCACUGCGACGAUCAUUUCUUCAUUUUCAGUAUAUAGUGUAAUAUACACUGUCGGCCGUUAAUGUUUCCUCUCAGGGACCUCGAUACCGUUUUCUUUUUGUCAGCGGUUUAUGUGUGAUGUUUUUUUCAUGGAUAGUUAUUAUGAAAACAAAUCAUUUCUGUAGAAAUCCCGGCGAAAAGUAGCAUUUUUAAGGACGCCGAGUCCUGUUCACACGUACGAGCAAGCGUUUCGUUGCCGAAAAUAUCGCUGCCACGAUCAACUGCUGGAAUUUUCGAUUUAAACAUUUUUUCUCUGAUGUCACGUCCCCUUAAGGACGUCGACAUCGUCUUUGUGUGAGAACCUAACCAAAUAUAAAGCUGAAAGAGGUUUGACCUGUGCCAACGAACUAUGCAAAGGAAAUUUUGAAAAAUUGAGUUAGCGCAUGCGCUUGGCGCGGUGUUUGAUUCCCCCAUCAUUUUCUUUUACUCUGAAACACAUUCCCUACUACCUCUCCCUUAGGUCCAGUUACUUCAGAUGCAGCUUAUCCAGGGACAGACAAUUACAGGCACUGACCAUGGAGGAAAUGGGUAAUAAUAACGAGCAUUAAGGACCAGUAAUUGAACUAAGUUUAGCCAGCUUUUAACAAAACCGCGUUCUAAGCCAGACAUUUUCAGUUUAUCGAACGGUUUUAUGUAAAGACCAUUUAUCGUGAACGGUUUCAUAAAAGGAUAUGGAGUAGACAAGAAAAACAGUUUUCUUCUUAACCCAGUAAGGAAGAGAUCUGGGUGCCCAAAGAUUUCCUAAACCGCGGUGAAUUAAAAGUUGUAAGUUAGACACUUCGUUUAAAUAAUCGGCCCUAACUGUUUUUCUAGAACAUGAGACAAUUCCCAAGUUAAGUCAACGUUACCUGAAUGUAGGUUACGCUUCUUUGAGUUCGCAGUGUUUACGGUGAAUCCGGCUUAUAACCACUCAAUCUCGAUUUUGGGGUGGAAGGGACCGUUCAUUUUUUAUCAGGCAGCAAGGGGGGUUGGUGGGAUUUGACGGAUAGCUCCUGUAGUAUAUUAGUAGUAAACCUUUAUUUAACUAGGGUAAUCCCUUCAGAAUACUUAAAAGCAUAUCUGUUAUCAAUAGGAGCCCUAAAUUAAGACUAAUAAAAAAGUUCAAAAUAAAUAAUAAGAAACUAAGUAACUAUAAGUUAAUAAUAGUACAGUAUAUUAAUUCAAACUAAUUCUUAUUUACUAAAUAAUUAUUAUACACAACUGAGCCAUUAUAAUAAAAAAUUUUUUUGGCCGUCUCAGUUCUUACUGCAGGUAAGUAUAUAAAAUUGCUUCUUCUUGUUACUCUUGAAAUAACUUCCUUAUUCAACUUAAAAUAAUUCUUUAAAAACUGUGGUACAUUAUUAUUUAAACACCUCUUCACUAAACCUAAAAUAUGAGCGUUACGGCGAUCUUCUAAACUCUGAAAUUUAAGAUAGUCGGUGGAUGUUGUACCACAUUUAGAUUUAACUAUAAUUUUCGGAGCCCGCCUUUGCAAAGAUUCAAGACUUUCCAUAUCUGCUUUAUUGCAGCUGGACCAAACAACAUCGCAAUAAGCAAAAAUGGGCAAAAUUAAUGAAUUAUACAUCUCGAAAGCUGCAUGUAUAGUGCAGCAUGCACAAUGCAUGUAUGUAUAUGCAUACAUACAUGCAUGAAUGCAUGUAUGAACCCCCUAAUUACUUAGAAUUUUUUGGGUGCCCCCCGCCUUGUAGCCCACAAAAAUUGAGAUAAUGGGUACAUAAUGAAGCAGGUGGUCCGAGGGCACGCUGCCCAGGGAUAAUCUGAACUUUCUGAAGGUUCGAAACGCUGGCUUUGGCAUUCUGGCGGGUUUUUGUUGCAUUAAUACAGAUGCCGUCCCUGCAAAACUUGACUGAAUGAUUUCUUUGCUGAUCCCCCCCUCACACCUAGUAUUUUUGCCUACCCCCCCCCUUGACGCCAUAUUUAUUCAAUAUUGGCAUGGCCCUCCUUAGAUCCAACCAGCCCUUCUCCCAACUACCUGAUCAAAAACGAACUGACGGGGACGUCAAAGAAAAACCGGGGAACAAAGGAAAUACGAAAUAUCUGCUGGAGAAAUUCAGUCAUAACGAACAGUUCACACUACGAGCAUUUGUAUUUCUCUCUCGUUUGCCUUGCCAAACAGUGGACACAAAUAUUGAUGUGGCUACUUACUGACAAAUCUGCUCAGUCAUCAAGUGAUUUGCAACUUGCGCAUACUUAUAACUCACAUUUAUUGCGAAGACUACGCGAGAGUUCCUCUACUGAGUAAAUGAAACAUAAACGCAGUUUUUUUUCCAUUGAGCUACACAUAAAAACUGCCCUAUAACGAAUUUAAAAUUGUUGAAAAUGAAAUUAACUAUCUGGGUACUCGAGCGGCAAAAUGAUAAAAGUUUAACUGCAAUACAUGCUCCUGGGAUGUCGCAUAGGGUGAAAGAAACUAAUCAUUUUUUCCCUUUAAAUUUUUAAGUACUGAAAGUACGGCUGUCAACAUUCAAGAAAUGGCGGACAGGAUCACAGAACUAGAGGUACAAUCCUGUGAUGACGCUUUCACUGUAAAAUUGUAGAGAUUAAAGUAGAGAACAAGCCACGCAGACUGUCAUCUAUAACAGGUUAUCCUGACUCUUUCUCUUUUUAUCGUCAAUUUUUUAAAGGCAGAGAAUGAGAAACUGAGUUCCGAGCUUCAUGCAUCGGUUGAUCAGAACACGCAGAUGUAUGAGAAAGUGUUAGUGGUAAGUGGAAAACCGUCUUGGAAUAAAGAACACUCCAUUAUGCGAGCUGCCUCGUUCCGGAGGCGUGUUUGGUUCCGCGCAAGGGAUCAUGGGAAUGGCGUCCACCCUUCCCAGCGUCCUAUGCACCAAAUCAUUAAUGUUCCCAUGGUCCAUUGUGCGAUACCCCUUGAUCGCUCGCAGGCGCGUUUUCUACCAAACACUUGAGACGCCUUAUUCUAGGAACGAGGCAACUAUGCGAGACUGUCAGAGGGAGUUGAGCCAAAUUCUGAAGUCAAUCUCCCCUCUGACUGUGGAAAAGAAAGUUUGUGUUAGUGUUUGCGAAUAGUUUUAUUCUCCCAAAGAAAUGAAAGGUUUUUUACCCGUUUAACCUUUCCAUUUAUUAAAAGUGCCUCAUCUUAUUGACCAAUCAAAAUAUUGAAAGGCCUUUUAUUUUAAUUUGUGUUUUUUCUUAACCAACUGUGCGAUGCCGGUGUUUCCCUCCCAAAAUGUCGCUCAAACUGACAAAGGAAAUGGAAUGGACUUGAUGAUAGGAUUUGCUGUCCAUUGAUUAGAUAUGUUGCGCUGUUGUUAUUCUUUCUGUAGGCCGAAUUAGCCAGAGAUAAGAUGAAACGAAAAUUUAACGAACUCAAGAAUCAUUUCAGGUAUGACAUCAAAGGACGAACGAGCUGUUGGGAUCGCUUGCCAAUGGACACGUUGCUGAGGAGCAGAGAGCGCAAUGGGACCUUGAAAACAAAGAAUAUUAGCUCUUUGGAUGAUGUAAUCUCUUUGUUUUUCUUGUCCCUCUGCGUCGUUUGCUAUCCAGCAAGGUGUUUCUGUCCCAAGUGACUGUUUAGCUGCAAGGAGCCCCUUUCCCUGGGGCCACAAAGCUCUCCCAAACGACUAUCUUCAUUGUUGGCGUUUAAAAACACACCUAUUGUUUUGAAGCUAAGGACAUUUUUUGGGUCAUUCAUGACGCCCCCCAAUUUUGUGCAGACUUCCUUGAUUUUGAGACCGUCCUAGAAGACUAGAAGCGAUUCUGUGACAGCAGCAAACAAUUGCUUUGGGUGGCUGUCAAACCUAACUAAACAUUCUUAUCAAAGGAAGUGUGGUAUUCAUUGAAACGCGAGGCGGUCGAUCCAGGUGAACAGAGUCAGUGAAAUUUUCGUUAUAUACCGUUGAUAAAUUUAUCUACGCUACUCCUUCCCGGAAUCGUACCUAAAGCAUGAAGGAAUCAUGAAUAGAAGGUCAGAUGAGGCACGCGGCUGUCGGCUGUCAUUUGACCCUUCCAAAGUAUACUUCGCGUGUUUGCAUUCACUCGAGAUCUUAUUCAGCUCAUCUCUUUUUUUUAAAAAAUGAAAUUCUGUCAAGGACUAAUAAGCAUCUAACACUUGUCCUUCCUCUGCCUCAUAGUUCGUUUUGGAAUGUGCUAAAAUUUGAAAUCACAUUUUGAAAUAAACUUGUAAAUCUCAAACGCGCCCACUUCGUCACUGUUGUUCAAGACUUACACGUUCUCUAACUUUAUACAAGAUAUUAAUAUUGUUUAAAUUUUAGUUCUAAAGUGGACACAAGGGACACGACCAAUGUUGAAGCUGAAACCGAUAUAAGCCUUGCCGAGGAGCUGCAAAGUAAACUGCAUGAGUUGGAGGUAUGUUGUUUGUCGUACUUUGAUGUUCAGAGAAAAUGUCUUGAUUAGUUAAAAAGGAAUAUGUAUGAUAAUAAUGAUGUUGAUGAUGGUGAUGAAGUGGACAAUGAUGAUGAUGGUGAUGAUGACGAUGAUGGUGAUGACGAUGAUGAUGAUGAUGUUGGUGAUGAUGACGAUGAUGGUGAUGACAAUGAUGAUGUUGGUGAUGAUGACGAUGAUGGUGAUGACGAUGAUGAUGAUGAUGUUGGUGAUGAUGACGAUGAUGGUGAUGACGAUGAUGAUGAUGAUGUUGGUGAUGAUGACGAUGAUGGUGAUGAAGUUGACAAUGAUGAUGUUGGUGAUGAUGACGAUGAUGGUGAUGACGAUGAUGAUGAUGAUGGUGGUGGUGGUGGUGAUGAUGAUACCUAUAAGAUAGGAUCACACCGACCCCCCGAGUAUAACAUCCUUAAGUAACCCCGUCUAUAUCCCCGAUAUAACGAACGCUUAUCCUUGUUUCCUGCCACUUUGUGUUGGAGUUCCUCCGUACCUGUACUGACAAGUGUAUCUGAAAACCUAACAUAACAUAUUUUCUGGUUUUUAGGAUAGCAUUAACUCAACCACUCAACUCGAGGAAGAGGUAAAGAAUGAAGAGCAGGUAUGCUAAGCGCAAGAUUUUCACAUGUUUUGUGAUCGUCCCAUAUCUGAUGUAUUUGUCAAUGUUUUCAGUCUAAGUUAAUCAGAAAGAAGAACAAAAUGUCCAUAUUUUUUUCAUCCUUUGUUUGACUUUUCGGGCGUUUAUGGCAAGUUCUGUUUAACAAAAGAUUCACCUUGUUUGAAUUAACUUUUUAGGAUGCCACAUGUUCCGCGUCUCCUCCAGCGGAGUGUGACGAGAGUUCUCCAUCAGUCGAUGCCUCGUUUGUAUCCCAACAUGCAUUACGGCAGGCAGAGCUUGGACGUCAGCUUCAAGAGUUGACUAAAGCGCUGGCCUUGAAAGAGGACUUGGCCAAUAAAAUGGUAGCAAAUGACACGCGUUUGACAAGCAUGAGAAAACAAUACGAGGUAAAAUAGUCGGCUCAAACAACAGAGUCUGAUAAAGGGCAUCACUGGCCAUCCAUCACCUGCCCUGAAGACAUGUCUUGCUAAAGAUUACCUUCAUUACAUAUCUGUAUCGUUAUCGUUGUUAUUGUUAAUAUGCGUGUGCGGUUUUUCUUGUUUCUGCUGUGUCUUUGUUUUUUCUUUGCUUCCAUAAUUUAAGUAAGCACAUGUAAAAAUUUUACAAAAUUUUUUUCCAGGAAACUGUACGUGAACUAGAGGGUGAAAUUAACAGACUGGAGAAAGAAAAGGCAGAUCUAAACGUGGCAUUGAACAACGCCAAGACAGAGCACACCGAUGGGUGAGUACAGCACUGUCAACUUGCAGUGUAGUCAAUAGGAACGUCUCAUUUACUCUGAUUGAUGUUCGUGUGAGGAGUAGCUUAGAAAGAUGAUCAGUGGUUCAGGUAUCAGGUGGACGAGGCAACUUUCUUGCAACGCGAGUGUCUCACAGACAGUUAUUUGUUGAUUAUCUCCUGUAUGGAAGAAAGACUCGAACAGUACAAAAAACAAACACUCGGCUAGGAUAACCAACGAAUCCCCGGUUUCGUGAAUGUUUUUUUUUUCAUUAUUUAUUUACAGUAUUUUAUGUUUUGUGGCCAAAUGUAGUUUUGGCUUACCAGCCGUCUGCAUUAAAUUAUAAUGAUCAAGAGGUGCUCUCUCGGGCUUCAGUAAAUUUGACAGCUCUUCCAUUGAGACCAGGCCCGCUUUUCGCCAACGUUUCCGUCGUUGCCUGUCGCGUUCCACUAGGGAUUCAGUGUGACGGUGCCUCUCGGUUGCCGCCCUCAGGGCUGUCAUGGUUACGUUCCGGGUUCACUAAUGCCCUCCACAGACUUUUUAAGCACCUUCCUCCUACUCAUCCAUUGGUGAUGGGUUUGUUUGUUGGUUUGUUUAUUUAUUCUCCUGUUUAUUUAGGAAAGUCAAAGAAAGGAAUAGAAAUCGCAUCAAGGAACUAGAAGCCAAGAUCUCAGAACUGAAAAAGAAACAGGUUAACAAUUGCUACUACUUGUUUCCUUUGUUCUUUUUUUAAGUCAUAGUCCUAGAAAUCGAGAAUCUCCCUGUCACUGUUUUAAUAGCCCAUUUCUGAGUUUUUCCGGGCCUCUGCUUUAAAACGAGGUUAAGUGCUCAGCCUUUGAUAUGAAAAUGAUUUUUCUUUCUCAUGCAAAUAAAACUCAUUUUCACAAGAAAGGUUGUACACUUGGCCUCAUUUUGAAAGUGAUAGUUUUUGGAACUCGGAAGUGGCCUAUUAGAUCACAUCCUUGAAACUGUACGCUGCUAAAGCCUGGUACUCAUAUGCCGCCGGCUCUGCCUGGGAUACUGUAAGUAUCCAAUCACCACAUCUUUGAUAAAAAGAAUAGUUGGUUAUCUAUAAGCAUAGCCGAGGAUUUGAACUCGGGACUACAGCCAACAAAUCCAGCUAGCGGUCAUGGCGGGGCGUGAACUCGGGGCCUCCAAAUUGCAAGUCCAGCGCUCUAACCCCUCGGCCACGGCUGUAAUCCAUUUCCAGCUUUCGAAAACUGCAAUCGAUUUCUUGAGUCGUUUUUUGAUUUUAUAAGGUUGAACAACAGAAGCUGUUGAAAUUAAAGGAACAAAGUGAUAACACUAUAAAGAAGCUCAAUUCUGAAAUUCAGGUAAAUGAGACUUAUUUCACUUUUUAUCUUGUUGACUCGAAGUGAUUGUCGACUUUAUUUUGGUUUUUAAAAGUUUUACCUUUGGGUUGAAUUGUGCCACUGAAUGUUGCAAAAAUCUUCAAAAGAGCUUGGUUCACUACAACUGUUUUUUUUCUUUUUUCAGGGAAUGAAAUCCAUUCGUGUUAAGCUUAUGCGUCAAAUGAAAGAAGAGUCUGAACGCUUCAGAGCACUAAAGGCGCAGAAAGAGAAGGAGAUUUAUCAGUUGAAAGAACAAGUUGGUUGCAAUUUGAUAAGAUCUUACAUUGUAAAUUCCUUACUUUCGCGCGCUUGCACCCAGGAUUGCAGGUUUCUUAGUACUGAGACCUGGCGACAAAAACUUGGUAACCAAGCAGCUUUGCAAUGGCUUACAAUCAAACCGAUCCAAAUACACAACCCCCUCAAGGGCGCAUGUCAGGGUUCCCAGAGAUGAAGGAAGUUGGCAUGAGUAUUUAUAAAUAUAGGGAGCUUAAGCAACGGCGACGGCAUCGAGAACGGCAAAAAAGCAGUAGGAUUACAACAGCAACAAGUUUAUUUCAAAUUAAAUAUAGCUCACAAAGCUUGUGCCCGCAAUUAGCGAAGGCUAUUCGAUGAGAUUGAAAAAACAACAACUUUGCACGUGCUCACGCCUUUUUGUACAUUUCUUAGCCGUCGUUGCACGGCUACGACGUGAAAGUGCCUAACUUCACGUUUUGUCGAGGACGGGAACACAAGACAACAACUUUCUUUUUGUUUUCUUGAACUUUGAUAGAGUCAGAAUUCAACUGCACUGAAAAAUUUUCCAACAUUUGAGGAAUUAAACGAGGUGGAAUAAGCUCGUUAAAAGUUUGAGGCAGCGCGAAUUCACUUUUUAAGUGACAUUUUCGCAGCCGUCGCCGUAGUUGUUGCUUAAACUCCGGUUUCACGACCCUGCGGGUUUCAGUUUAACCUUGAAAUGAGGUAGGGGCCCGGGCUCCUCCCUUAAAUCCGCCACUUCUUUCAUCAUGGUGGCACAUUGGGUUUCAAACUGGUGAUCAACUGACGACUGUUUGAAACAGAAAAUAGGCCCGUUACUUGUUCCCCUUUUCAACGUUUUUGGUGCAAUUGUGGCUACAAGCGGCUUGCUUUGGAUAGUCCUCAGAAGUGCGCAUAGAAGGAAGAAAAGACUCAUAAGAUAGCAUACCUGGUAGUUGAAACGCCCCUUUUUUGUGUCAUAGACUUAUAUUUGUCGACAAUUUUUAGGGCCGCAAAAGGCAGUUCGAGUAUAAGAAGUUGGAGUCCAUACACGUGAAGCAACAGGCAGUUCUCAAAAGGAAAACUGAAGAGGUAUGCAAUACAUGCUGAUCGUUUUGGUUCAGUUUUUAUCCACAAACGUCAGGUCGACUUGUGCGUAGUGGUUAGUACCUCGUUUCAGUGAAACUCAUCGCUUACCGAAAAAAAAAUCCGCCUUUUCUUCAGUCACAACGUACAACCCUGCUGUUGCCUCACCCACAGAACAACUGUACAUCUAAUCCAGUCUUUAAAAAGAGAAAUAUACAAAACGCCAACUUUUAUCUCCUGGAGCGAAACUGUUUAGCCACGUAUCACACUCUACAGGGCUUGAACUUAUGUGUUUGGCUUGUUAACACUUUGACUUCAACAGCAGAUUGGUUCUCGGAUAAUAUGCAUUUGAGCACCAGCCGAUAUUUGCGAACAAUGUGAAAGGAAUUUAAACACUCGUUUAAGCAGACGUUAGUGGGGCAGGAAUGCGUGACGAACCCCUGAGAACGUCUGCGUGGGAGGCAGGAUUCGGUUGGCUCCGUCGGUGCUCACGUUUCCACUGCUAAGCAAAACUCAGGGUAGCGAGGAAUUAUUGUGAGCAGCUAUUUAAACAGCAGAGUUCUUGUGUUUCUAGGUUGUAGCGGUGCAAAAGCGCCUCAAGAUGGCACUUGAACGCCAGAAGGUGGCGGCAGAAAAGAAAUCUGCCCAUCAGCAGCACCAACAAAAACAAGCAGAGGGCCUCAUGCCCAGAAUGAAGGUAAGAAUGUCAUCUUGCCUCUAGGCUGCAAUCCCAUUUUGGCCAAAAUACCUUUAAGCCGGUAAUGUCAGAAUUAAAAAAAACGCCGACAGGUUCAUGACGAUAAAUUCUUUAAGGGUGACCAGAAAGGUAACUUGGGCAAUUUUUAUAAUUUCAGUUCCCUGCGGGCAAUAUCUAAAAAUGUAGUGACCACCAAAAACUGCGAAAUUGGUGGGUGGCAAAAACUUCGAAGGAUUUCGAGUUUUUUUUUUUUCGAAAAGAGAAUUUCUCCGAAACUGUAAACCAUAUUGGGGAUCAGGUAUUUAGAGAUUACUUAUAUUACUAUACUCUUUGACUGUUCGGAAAUGUAAUUAUUUUCAUCUCUUGAUCAGAGAAUGAUAUGCGCAGCACAAGAUUGGCUUAUUAAUGUGAGCAAUGGUCUUUCUUUUAGUCUUGGUUAAGCCAUGAGGUUGAAGUGUUAGUGAGCGUUGGUCAGGCCAGGCGAACACUGGAAACUCUAAUUGAAGACAGGAAGUUGUUGUCAAGGCAACUAGCAGAACUAAAACAUCAAGAACAGGACGAGAAUGAUGAGCCAGCGGCAAAGGUAUGAUGACUGUUGAGUUGAUCUCUCCGUCUGCUAAUCUGUGUAUCUGGUAAACAAGGCUUUACCCUUUCUCAGCAGACUAUUUCACCGGCCAUCGGCCUUGUUGUCUUACCCUCCUUUCAUUUCAUUUCUCCCUUGCCCAAGAUGGACGUGAUCGUGGGAAACUGCGCCAGUCUCUUGAGCGACCAGUUGGUUAUUUUUAUUACCAGCUAAAAAUGGCUUGUUCACGACUGAAGACCAUCCUCGAAGAGGCAGCCCCUUCGAGUUCAUCCAUUAAGUUCUGGAGUUGGGUGUUUUUAUUACUACCUUAAUUACCAGCUCGCAAAUCACUUAUCAACGGCUGAAGACUCUCCCGAAGAGGAAGCCCCUUCAUGCAAUAAAAUUCUGGAAUUGAAUUCCAAUACGUUUGAGUCGCUCAGUCUAAUGGAUGCUACCCUGCCUAGCAAGCGUUUCCGAUUGGGUUACUGCGCGAAAGUAGCUGCGACAGCUCUAGUCCUAACUUUCUCGACAAACUCGUGCGGAAACGUUUUCUACACAGGCUAGCAUUUACGGUCACGGUUAGUAUUCUGUUUUUGUCUUUUUUGUUUCUUUGUUUUUGUUUGUUUGUUUUUUUUAAUGGAUAACAGUUAAUUUUUUCUCCGUUAUAUGGUUAACAGACAUCCGUAGUAGAAAAGAGUUACGGUUGACUUCUAGUUCAACUAACGGUUAAAAUUUUUCAUUUUUACGGCCGGUUAACGACUGAAGUUUUUUGGCCGUUUUACGUUUUUACUCACGUUUAUGCGACGUUGGCUUUUGUAGCUGAUUUGGACGAUUUUCGUAUUUUGUUACCAGAUGGUAGUUAUAAUUAACGAAAAAAAAGUCAUAAAAGAAAGAAAAACAGUAGUGGAGAGCGGUCAAUGGUACUUUGCUUCUCUUCCUUCGUAAAGAGGAAAUCCUGUUGCAUUGAGGGAUCAAAGGGUGAAGUACAAAAAUUGAAUCUGUUUUACUUGUGCUUUGCUUGCAGAAAAUGGUUCAAGAAGGAGGAACGCCGGGAGAAACGAAAACUAAAUCUGUAGAGCGACAAAAGAAAAUAUCUACUCUUGAAAAUGAAUUGGAACUGAGGUUUGUUCAGCAAGAAUAGUUGUAAUACCUGCUCUGUGAGCAAAUAAAGAUAUCUUGAGUUUCCACGAUCUAAUUUAACAGAAGCAAAUAAUUAAAGUUCAGCAUGGAGGAGACACAUAAUCAAAAUUUCUGCGAUGACCUCCACAAAACAAUAACGAUUGCUUUAUUUACAAGGUUUCUGUCGUUUCUACAAAUAAAAAGUACCAUCGCUUAUUACUAGCAUCACGAAAGAAAAAAUAACCAAUUGUGUUGAACUUCUUCGCUAGUAAAUGGAUACAUAAAGGUCAAACUAUCUCAAGAACAUACGUAGUUGACCCGAUUUCACGUAGACUAAGACUUAUUGCUCGAUUCGAAGUUACUCACCGAGAAAAUGUUCCCUGCACAGGAGUUCUCAGAUAGCAGGCCUACAGCACAAAAUUAUCGAUGCCGAGCAAGGUAAGUUGAGGGCUUGUUCUUUUAUCUUAAACUUUGCAUCAAUAAUAAAGUAGUGCUCUGAAAUCUAUAUCAAAGAUUAUGACUAUCAGCGAUGAUCGGACUUAGGGCUAAUGAAGUUACUUACAAACGAUGAGAGGAUGGAGAUGUUGUGUUUUUUUUUUUUACCUUCAAGUCAGUUUAUCGGGUGGAUUUUGCGUUCUUUGUUGAUGCUUGCGCACGCCACACGACUUUUUAUCCCGCAAUAUUUUGGUCUUGACCCUAUUAUUCACGGAAUCACUCCAGGGUAUCACCCAAAGUACGAAUAUCUACCAUAUGAUCACCAGACGAUUGUUGUCGCUCAACGUUUUAUAAAUUUGUUUGUGCUUAAACCAGCCUACUGAGAAAAAAAUCCAUGCGUCUUCCGCCGCGCUAGUUGACUGGGAAAGGGCAUAGUUUAUUCGAGUCUCCACCCUGAAAGUCUUUUUAUAUUUUUGUAGGAGAAAAGUCUAAACAUCGAUGGAACAACAUCCACACUAUGGCGGAAGGAAAAGCAGCUCUUCAAGUUUUACUUAACAUGGUAAGUGGAACUCUGUUUCAGAAUCGAUUCAAAGGGCUGGUGGUUAUCUAUAGUUAAUUAACGCCAACUCAGGAAAGAAUGACUAAUAUGCAGAGCUGCUAAUAAUACAGUGAAAACUCUAUUACGCGGACACCUUUGGGACCUUCCCAUGCAAGUGUCCGCUUAACAGAGGUUUGUACAAAUUGUGCAAUGUCUGUUAACGAUUAACACUAAACGGUUACCCUGUACUGUGAUAGAGUUCCGUGUUGUUAAGGAAGCUGUGCUGUACUUUGUGCAAGCCUUUUAGGCGAACUUUGAUCGAUGACAAUUAUACGGCCGGAAAUCGGUCUAAUCUACGGUUUUGCUAAAUAUAUUGAUUUAUCUUUAUUAAUAGACUACAGCACGUAUUUCAAGGACGUACUCCAAUAGUGCCGAUUGUCAAUUCAGUUCGGUGUCCGCCUGAUAGAGGUUUUUAAACUAUAGAAAUUAGCCAAAUACAAUUUAUUUUAGUGUCCACGUCCGCUUAAUAGAUGUGUCCGCUAAAUAGGGGGUCGUUGUAAAGGGGAAUAUAAG